AAAAAAAACAGAUUUUGUAAGAAAGAAAAAGUACAUAAAAACGUUUCAAUUAAGUUCGUCGAAAUACGUGAAACACCCACCCAUUUUUUCUUCCUUCCAUCACAAAAAUAAUCGGAGGAGAGAGAAAAUAUGAAGAAAGCCGGCGCCGAUAAGAAGAAAGUCCGGCGAUCUUCCGCCGGAUCUCUGCAAAGCGGCGGCAGUGAUACUCCUCCUCGGAAACAAGAUGUAGAGAAGGAUGUAUACCUGUUAUUUGCUGAAAAGGUGAGAGAUCAUAAAGAAUUGGAGUCAAGGUGGGCAGUAUUACAAGAGACACGCGUUGAGUACUUCAGGGGGAAGGAUUUUGUGAGAUUCUUAAAAAAUCACCCAGAAGUCAGAGAUAUACUGGGAUCAGAUAGUAAUCUAGAAGCAGAAGAUAUUGCCGAUGUACUAUUGAAGAAAAACCUCAUUGUACGAUGUGACCGUGUUGUAAAAACUUUAAGGCCGGGUAAGAAGAAGUUGUCAACAUGGCCUGCACAUUUGGAGAUCUUUCCUGUUCAAACCUUUUCAGAUAAUGAUGCUUUCUUUGUAUGGACAUUCAUAAAGCGGCAUCCGUUGUGGCAGACACUUCUCUCAUUCUCUUGGCCUGUUUUGACAUUAGCAAUCUGCUUAUUUCCAGUAUACCCACACACGGCCAAGCUUGUGGUACUCUACUCGUGUGCUGGGAUUCUUCUACUUAUACUUAGCAUUCUAAUGUUGAGAGCCACAAUUUUUGGUGCUCUUUGGAUUUUCCUUGGAAAGCGCGUGUGGAUUUUCCCCAAUAUUCUUGCAGAAGAAGCAACAUUAAGUGAGUUGUUCCGUUUUUGGCCUAAAAAAGAUGAGGAGGACCCACCAAAGUGGACUAGCCGGCUUUUCUAUGCUGUAACAUCUGUUGUUGUCAUAUUGAUUUUGAGACAUCAUGCUCCUGAUGAAGCUGCUCGAGCUAGGUACCAGAGGAGGGUUUCUAACAUCAUUGAUGAUGUCCUGGAGUGGUCCCCGAAACUGGCUAUCUCAGGAAUAAUGAAACAACAACCUGAGGGAGUCAAUGUGACCGACUUUCAAAAUGAGUCUACAAGUGAUAGUGGAUCCAACUUUGAGGUGCCACCACCACCAAGUAGCGUAGAUGUUGAUGUUGAUGUUGGUGAAGAGCCUGUGGAAGAAACUGUAGAGGAUAUCGAGGAUGACAAGGGGCAGUCACAACAACAUCAUGGAGGUGUAUAAUCCAUAUUGUGUUAAUUUUGUCUACUUAAAAUUACAGUUUUAUGGCUACCAUUUUUGUUACAUUUCUCUCCCUUUACAGUGUAAAACCAUGUAUUUAACGUGUGAGAGAAACCUAGGGGAUCCUUUCAUCUGAUUUUAUUUGAAUUGAACUUAUUGGACUUUAUCUUUGUUUCA